ACAUUAGCAGAAUUUUGCUGAUAAGAUACUCGUUCACACUUUCCCCGUUGGAGUGGGAAAAAUCACAUCAUUGCCGCUUUGGCUAUUCAGAAUGUUUGCUGGGGUAUUAAAAUUUUACUGCACCUUCUUGAUGCCGCCAGACAAACAGAUAGGCAAACAUAUAUGGGAUGGAGCAGGAGGAGCUGGAGGAGCUGGAGGAACAGGAGCAGACUUCAUCACAUGUGCGGGCAAGAGCGUGUGGCAAAUUGGCCUUUGUGGGUUGUUGUCUGUUGGCCUGGCGGCAAAUAUAAAUGAUCUAAUUUAAAUAAUUACGCCCACAAAAUGUGACGCGCCUACCAAAUUGCCUUCGUUUAAUGCUUGAGUGGGAAAAUUACCCCCGAGCCAAACCAAAGACUAGAACUAAUUUCAAAGUUGGCUUUGCCUAUGGCCUCACAAAGUGUUUCCCCUUCCCAAUCCAAUUGUCAUUGCCAUUGCCAAGUCGAUUUCCCAUACCCGUUCGGUAUUAUUAAAGUUUUCCAAUUGACAAUUCUCGAGUAUGACUGUCUCUUACACCGCUGAGGUGGCAACAUGCAGCCAUUUCGGCUGCUUCUGGAAGCUUUUGAUGAGAUGGCGCGCGAGUAUCUACAAGAUAAUAUGGGUGGAUCUUCUGGCAUUCUUGUCCUGCUUCUACUUCAUGGCUGUAAUAUAUCGCUAUGCUCUCAGGGACGUCGAUAAGCCUAUUUUCGAGGACAUUGUGAUGUACUGUCACAGCUAUAGCAACCUGAUUCCGCUCUCUUUCGUACUGGGGUUUUAUGUGGGCAUUAUCAUAGAACGCUGGUGGAAUCAAUAUAUCACGGUUCCUUGGCCCGAUCCUCUGGCGGUUUAUGUGAGUGCCUUGGUCCGCGGGCAAGAUGAGCAUGGUCGUCUGAUGAGACGCACGAUUAUGAGAUAUGUGUGCUUGGCAUUGACUAUGGUGCUAUCGAUGAUAUCGCCAGUUAUAAAGCGUCGCUUUCCCACCUACGAUCAGUUAAUUGAGGUGGGUUUGCUAAACGCCAACGAGGCAAAUAUUAUGAAGGCAAUGGAUGUGAAGUUUCCAAAGCACCCUAAGUACUGGAUGCCCAUCGUCUGGGCCGCCAGUAUUGUAACAAGAGCUCGAAAGGAAGGUCGAAUCUGGGAUGACUUCUCACUGAAGUCCAUGAUAGAUGAGCUCAAUAAAUUCCGAGCUGGAUGCAAUAUGCUAAUCCAUUACGAUACAAUCUCAGUGCCACUGGUCUAUACACAGGUCGUCACCCUGGCCGUCUACUCGUACUUCGUGGCCUCGAUAUUUGGCCACCAGUGGAUCGAUCGGGAUAUUAAGCACUACAAUAAUAUCGUUAGUUACUACUUUCCGUUGUUCAGCACUCUGGAGUUUUUCUUCUUCAUGGGCUGGCUUAAGGUGGCCGAGACAUUGAUUUGUCCAUUUGGCGAUGACGACGAUGACUUUGAACUGAACUGGCUGAUCGAUCGCAACUUGCAAGUCAGUUACUUGAUCGUUGAUGAGAUGCACAAUGAUCAUCCGCAAUUGGUGAGGGAUCAGUAUUGGGAUGAGGUGUUUCCCGCUGAGUUGCCAUAUGCGGUGGAGUCCGAUAGGGCCGAACAUCCGGAGGCCUCUACCGCUCGAUUGGGCAUACCAAAAGUUGUACCCGUGACCGUGACGAAAAGCGAAGUAAGUUUGGAAAACGAUUUUACAGAGUUCGACGAUGAGGAUGAAUACAACACGGAAGUAACUAUACGAUUUGCACGCCGGGAGUUUAGUUGGAGCAAAAGUUCGGUGUCGGUAUCGUAUUCCUAUGACAACCAGAGUAUUGAUACCCUUGACGAGAAGGUCGAUGAAGAGAACGAGGUAGACACAAGGACUCUAGAUUCCAGCAACAAGGACGACUUUGACCGUCUAAAGGAGAAGCGGGACAGGGAGCGUGUGAACCGGCAGAAGCAACAAGCCGCCCUCGCCAUGGAGUUGAUUAAAGGGGAUCUGGCUUCGAAUGGAUCAGCACGAUCAAGUCGUACUAAUGUCCCGCAGAAGAGUUCUGAGGUCCAGACCGACAGAAGCUACAUCAGUCAGAAGAAGAGGGAGGACGACACGGACAAUGAUAAGGACAGUGAGGAAUCUAAGAAAUAACAAAUGAAUCCUUAAAAUGUACAGAAACAAAUUG